GCAGUACUUCGUGCUUUUCUCCCUAGCAAAAUGCCACACAGGAAUAGCUUAUUUUCCGCGUUAAGCAUUUUUCCCUUGGGGUUUCUUUGGUUCAUUUCUCCGCCUGCUGAGGCUGCACUUAAGACGUACCAGUUUGAUAUUCAAGUGAAGAAUGUGAGUAGGUUAUGCCAUGCAAAACCUAUUGUUACAGUAAAUGGGAGGUUUCCGGGGCCUACUGUGUAUGUUAGAGAAGGAGAUAGAGUUCAAAUCAAUGUUACCAAUCAUGCACAAUAUAACGUGUCUAUUCACUGGCACGGAUUAAAACAAUAUCGUAAUGGUUGGGCUGACGGACCUGCUUACAUUACUCAAUGUCCAAUCCAGACUGGAAGUAGCUAUGUUUACGACUUCAAUGUGACGGGACAAAGAGGUACCUUGUGGUGGCAUGCCCAUAUUCUUUGGCUAAGAGCCACUGUUUAUGGUGCAAUUGUGAUCCUGCCGCAACAAGGAACACCCUUCCCCUUCCCAAAGCCAGAGAGGGAAGAAGUUAUUUUGCUAGGGGAAUGGUGGCAUGCAGACGUUGAAAAGCUGGUAAACAAAGCAAACCAGUUAGGCUCACCUCCAAACAAGUCAGACGCGCACACAAUCAAUGGAAAGCCUGGACCACUGUUUCCAUGCUCUGAGAAACAUACUUUUGUCAUGGAAGUUGAACAAGGCAAAACGUACCUGUUGAGGAUCAUCAAUUCGGCCUUAAAUGACGAGCUUUUCUUUGGUAUUGCUGGUCACAGCAUGACUGUAGUGGAAGUUGAUGCGGUAUAUACCAAGUCAUUUGCCACUCAGGCCUUGCUGAUCGCUCCAGGCCAGACAACCAAUGUUUUGGUCCACGCAAAUCAAAUUCCAGGAAGAUAUUUCAUGGCUGCCAGACCUUUCAUGGAUGUUCAACUUCCCGUAGACAACAACACCGCAACAGGCAUCCUUCAAUACAAAGGCAUCCCUAAUACAGUUCUUCCAACGCUUCCUCAUUUACCCAAGUCUAACGAUUCAGCAUUUGCCUUCAGAUAUAACAAGAGGCUCAGAAGCCUGAAUUCACCACAAUUUCCCACAAAUGUUCCUCUACAAGUUGACAGGAACCUGUUUUACACAAUUGGUCUAGCAAGGAAUUCUUGUCCCGCCUGUUUAAAUGGAACCCGAUUAAUGGCUUCUUUGAACAACAUCUCUUUCACUAUGCCCGAAACUGCGCUUCUUCAGGCGCAUUAUUUCAAUGUUAAGGGGGUUUUUAAAACUGAUUUCCCCGAUCAGCCUCCUAAGCCAUUUAAUUAUACCGGUGCACCCCUCACAGCCAAUCUUAAGACCACUAUAGGCACAAGGCUCAGUAAAAUUGCAUUUAACUCAACUGUUGAAUUGGUAUUACAGGAUACUAAUCUUCUCUCCGUUGAAUCACACCCUUUUCAUCUUCAUGGUUACAAUUUCUUUGUUGUUGGAACUGGGAUGGGAAAUUUUGAUCCUGCAAAAGAUCCACCAAAAUAUAACUUGAUCGAUCCGCCAGAAAGAAACACAGUUGGUGUUCCUACUGGCGGUUGGACUGCCAUUCGAUUUAGAGCUGAUAAUCCAGGAGUAUGGUUCUUGCACUGUCAUUUGGAGAUUCAUACUGGAUGGGGACUGAAAACAGCAUUUGUUGUGGAAGAUGGUCCAGGGGCAGAUCAGGGUAUUCUACCUCCACCGAAGGAUCUCCCAAAAUGCUAGUUGCUGGAUUAUUUGAUUCAGCCAAUCUCAGUGUUUGUACAGGAAAACAUUUCUUGUGAAAUUGCAAUUAAUUUGUUUAUGCCUCUCAAAAAAAGAUGGUCGGAGGCUAUUUGAGUGUCAUACCUCAGACGCAAUCCUAAAGGUGCCAACAAAGUGUAAAAAGUCAGAAUUUUCCUUGGGAUAUUUGUUGGAACUGCAAAGUGUAAUAAAGUCCAGAUGCAUUAAUGUCAAUGGACUUCCAUUUUUUAUUUUUUUUUAGUUUUUUCA